GUCCAUGAGAAGACGCCUCUGAAGGUGAAGAACUUUGGGAUCUGGUUGAGGUACGACUCUCGCAGCGGAACCCACAACAUGUACCGAGAGUACAGAGACCUGACCACGUCUGGAGCUGUCACUCAGUGCUAUCGGGACAUGGGGGCUCGCCAUCGGGCCCGAGCCCACUCCAUCCAGAUCAUGAAGGUCCAGGUCAUCGCCGCCAACAAGUGCCGCCGCCCGGCCAUCAAGCAGUUCCACGACUCCAAAAUCAAGUUCCCCCUGCCCCACCGGGUCCUGCGGCGCCAACACAAACCUCGCUUCACCACCAAGAGACCAAACACCUUCUUCUAAACACAACUGUUGUUGUUGUUGUUGUUCUGCAGCAAACAAUAAAUGUUCUGAGAGAAAACAAA